GGCCACAAGUGUUACAAUCAGCACAACCAACAAUCAUGAAGUGCAUCGCAGCUGUAGUCAUGAUGGCCCUGGCCUUCGCCGCCGCCGAAGCUAGCUGGAACCCGUUGGUGUAUUCCGCAUCCCCACUGGCCUACACCAUUCCCCAAGCCACCGUCGUUCAGCAGAACCUGGGCGUUCCUCUGGCGUACUCCGCCUAUGGUCCAGCAGUCAGCUAUGCCGCUCAAGCCUCGGUUGUCCCAACCGCUUACGCCUACCAACCGGCCGUUGCCGUCGUCGCUCAACAAGAAGCUCGCUAUCUGGCUGCCAACAAAGGUGCCGUUCACGAUGCUCCCCUGCCUGGACACGCUGUUUCCCAGAAAUCGCUGAAUCUGGCACCGGCCCCUGGAACUUGGUAAUUAUCUGAGCUGCGCAGAAAUUGACUGGAAUGUUUUGAGAUUCAACUGAUGUGAGAUUAAAUAUUGUGAAAAAAAAAAAACAAUUUGUCUGUAUUUCUUAAAUUGUCUUAAAGUGUCAACCAUGUGCAU